GUUUAUUGCUGACGUAGGAGCUUCGUGGUAGUUGGAAGAUUCGCGGGAAAUGUCUGAAAACAAGUCGGCUCUGACGUGAACGCGUACAACUUCAACCGGAGUUUGUAGUUUAACCUUUCAGACUUACCAGAUAAAAUAUCAGUGUCUUCAUAUAACGUACGCCCUGAAACGGAGAGAGUUUUAACGUUGGCUUGCUUAACUGAGGAACUCCACGCACACAGCAUUGUCAACGACGCUAAUCGGUUAGCUCAGCGGUAACAGUCCUCCACAGCCUUUUAGCAACGAUAACGGCUAAAUCUGUUCUCCUAGGACGGCGGAAACAGCGGCGCACAUACAACGGGCACAGAUAAAUGCACAUUAAACAGUGAGAACAAUGGCAGAGAGGCCAGAAGACCUGAACCUUCCCAACGCGGUAAUCACCCGCAUCAUCAAGGAGGCGCUCCCAGAUGGGGUGAAUGUGUCAAAAGAAGCAAGAAGAGCCAUAUCCCAAGCAGCCAGUGUGUUUGUGUUAUAUGCCACCUCCUGCGCAAAUAAUUUUGCUAUGAAGGCCAAGCGAAAAACUCUGAAUGCAGGAGACGUCUUGGCUGCAAUGGAGGAGAUGGAGUUCGAAAGGUUCCUGGAGCCCCUCAGAGAAGCUUUGGAAGUGUAUAAACAGGGACAGAAGGGAAAGAAGGUGUCUGAGCAGAAACGGAAAGAUAAAGAGAAGAAGGUCGACACAGAGAAUAAUAAGAGCAGAGAUGAGGAAGGAGAGGACGACGAUGAGCGCAUGGAAGAGGAGCCUGAGGUCGAGAAUGAAGCAGAGGAGGAGGAAGAGGUGGAGAACUGAUAACAUUCUCCCCACAGAGAACUCCAUCACAUACUCUGGGAUAAUCCCUGGCCAAACGGGAUAUGUGUGCGUGCAGCUCAGCGUCACCAUGUAUCAAAUGAUAAUGAAAUGUGAGCUGAAAACGGGUGACUUCUAGCCUGAAAACAUGCAACACAAAGCACAAAGAAGCCACCUGUCUAGAUAUGUCAUGUGACCUCCAAUUUUGGAUAAAAGAAUAACAGACAAAAAAAAGAAAGAAAAAAAAAGAAAUGCACAUUUGUUUCUGCUCCCUGACGUGACAGUUUUUCUACAUGACAAUGAAGGGAAUAUGUCUGGAUUUCAGACAAAAUAAAACAUUUUAAAAGAUGUCAUCUUGUUCAAACGUCUCCAAAAAAAAGUAUAUUAAAUUGCAAUAAAUAGAAUUAAAAACUGUGUUACCUUUAUGUGUUAAGAAUUGAAAAGACGAAAUGAAAUCACUGUGAUUUCUUUGCAUAGUCUCCUAAGCCAAAGUUCUGAAAGUAGAGUUGGAACACGUGUUAUCAUAUAGGAACUUUAAGGCAGAUUCUGCCAACAUUUGGAUUUAAGUCUGCGAGAUUGAAGUUGUCACUAAUAUUGGGUACAAAAAUGCAUAUUUAUGGCUUAUCCCACAACUACAACUGAUGUGCAUUGAGACAGUGUUUGUAGUGAACUGCUGUUGGGUUUUAUACCUAGAGAAACUAGUUGUUUUGUUGUUUUUGAACAAUUUAUACUUUUGUAGACUUGUAUACAAGUGGCUAAGAUUUUUAAUAAAUUUGUAUAAAA